GGCGACCGCGGGCUCGGCCCGCGCCUGCCGCGCGGCGCGGCGGAGCGCGGGCGGCCGCCUGCAGGCUGAGCGGGUGGCGGUGCCUCGGCGGCCCUCCUUCGACGUCAGCCGCGUGCGCCGGGAGAUCCAGGUGGGGCUGCGGGUCCCCACGCACGCCAAGUCCAGCCUCCGGCGCGAGCACGACAGCCUGGCCAUGCACAGGAGGGCUUGCACAUCCAGGUCAGACGGACAACAAAAGCAGAGCCUAUCUCACUACUACGUAACGGAUGCCUACUUCAAUAUCAGACAGGAUUUCCCUGUGGGAUCCAACACCUCUGGUUGA